AGUCAAUCCAUUCACCAUCUCAAAUCUCAACCAUCACCACACUCUCUCCAACAGCUAAAAAAAAAGAGCUCUCAUCUCCAAAACAAAACAAAAAAAACCAUGGCUUGUAACUGGUCUGCGGAGAACGCCACCAACGCCUUCCUGAAAACCCUGAAAAUGGUCAAAGAGCAGGGUCAACGAUCCAGCAAGGAGCCCGAAUCGGCCGAGUUCAUCUCGGCGCUCGCCGCCGGGAACAACUCCCAGCUCAUCGUCGUCGCCUCCGCCACACCCACCGCCACGACGUCGUUCAUGCUCUCCGCCCUGGUGACGGCGGCCCACCAGACCGGCGGCCGGGUGGUCUGCAUCCACCGGACCCAACACGAGACCGAGCUGUCGAGGCGGGCCCUGGGUUCACGGUCACGGAAAGUGGGCUUCGUGACGGGGGAGGCCCAUGAGCUGCUGUCGACGUCGGCCCAGUACAGCGGCGCGGACUUUGUCCUCAUCGACUGCCACCUGGACAAUCACGAGGAGAUCCUUGGAGCGGUCCAGCAGCAGGCCGGGAGUAAUCAGAACGGCGCCGUUGUGGUCGGGUACAACGCGUUUGGGAGCGGGUCGUGGGGCUCCGACGGGCGGUGGAGGACCCAGUUGCUGCCGAUCGGGGAAGGGCUGCUGGUGACCCGGAUGGCGCCACCGGCGAGGAAUAAGAGCCGGUGGGUGGUGAAGGUGGAUAAAUGUACCGGGGAAGAGCACGUGUUUAGGAUCCGAUCCCCACAGGGGAAGAUUGAAGCGUAAUCUGGUGGUAUUAAUAAUUAGCCAGCCAGUUAAUUGCUCGACUAAGUUUUGUUUUGGUUUGUCAAUGUAAGAUGUAAAUACUAAAUUAUUAUUAAGUAUUAUUCGUUAGUCCAUGUGGAAAAUGGAAUCUUGGAGAGAAAAUGUUUGCAAGAUUUAAAUCAUUUUCCCGUCCAUGUACAAACUACAAAGCACUAGCUACUAGGGGAAUCAUUAUUAUUGAUGGGCGGUUUUUGUCACCUAAAUCGAUUCGAUCGUACAAAAUUAAAUAUGUAUCUGUCACUCACCAUAUGAAGUGAACGGGUUGGAUGAAUCUGGAAAAUAAUUAUAUGGGUUUUGAACGGGUUGAUUUUAUACAUACAACUAUAAUUUUUAUAAUUUAACAUCAACCACAAGAAAUGAACAGGUUGGAU